AACCUUUCAUUAUCAUAUAUAAAUUGAGUUUAAUUUAAUCUCAUGUGGCCCUUUUAAUGACGCCAAAGAUAAGAUGAUUUUGAUUUUUGCAGGUACUUGACUCCUCCAAGUAUCACACAAGGGUGAAGACAUAAUACAACCCAUUAAUUCAAAUAAGGUACUAAUGAGAUUCUCCAAAAUUAGUAUAUUAUUAUUAUUAGCAUAAUGUAAUGUAAUUGAAUUUCCAUCAUUUUUAAUCACCUCAUAGAAUCACAAUUCUAUGAUGAAGAGUGACAUGGAUGAAAUUCCAAAGGGGUUAUGUGGGUGGAGUUGGAAGGAGAACAAAUUGUUUGAGCUGGCUUUAGCUUUAGUAGAUGAGAGGCAUCCAGAAAGAUGGGAGAUGGUUGCAGCAAUGGUUGGAGGAAAAAAGAGUGCAGGGGAUGUUGAAGAACAUUAUGUGAUACUUUUGGAGGAUUUGGAGCUUAUUGAAUCUGGUAAACUUGAUUAUAAACUUGGAGAAGAUCAUCAUACAUGUGUUCUUGUUGACCUUACUAAGUCUUUAUGCUUGUCUGAUAAUAAUAAUAAUAAUAUUAAUUGAUGCUACCAUGUGAUGUAAACCCCUUCUUUUUGUUAAUUUUGUCUUUAUUCUCUCAUUCAUGGCUUGGUUUGGUGAAUCUCUCUGUUGAACUCAGAAAAUAUGCAGCUGCAGCUUAUCACUACUCAGAUAACUUGCUGAUCUUCUGUUCUCUA